AUGAGUAGAGGCGCGGCAGUGCUGCUGCUGCUCCUAGCGUCGGCGGUGGCCACCGUGCAGGGCUUCAAGGCGGAGGAGUUCAAGAAGUGCGAGGAUGCGGCCUUCUGCAAGCGCCUGCGAGGCAACACCAGCGAGGCGUUUGUGCUGCUGCCAGACUCGGUCAAGGUGGAGGGGGCGCGGGUCACCGCCACCGUCCAAAACACGCAGAACGCGAACGGCACCUUCUCCCUGGUGCUCACCGCAUACGGCGACACCCUGCGCCUGUUCAUCGACGAGGCGCCCGAGAAGGGCCGCUGGCAGGUGCCAGACGUGCUGUUGCCGGGGCUGGAGCAGCGGGAGCAGGCCUGGGAGGUGGUGAAGAAGAGCCACACCAAGCUGCGCGUGCGCUGCGGCGCGGCCGAGGCCGAGCUGCGCACCAGCCCCGCUCAGCUGGAGGUCAGCGUGGGCGGCACGCCCGCGCUCGUGUGGAACGCCGGCAAGCAGUUCAUCUUUGAGCACCUGCGGGAGCAGCAGGAGGGGGACCCCGAGGGGUGGUGGGCUGAAAACUUUAAGACCCACCACGACAGCAAGCCCAAGGGCCCCGCCGCCAUCUCCUUUGACGUCCACUUCCCGGGCACCCGCCACCUGUACGGGCUGCCCGAGCGCGCCAGCAGCCUGGCGCUGCAGCCCACGCGCGGCCCCGAGGGCCCGCUGUCGGAGCCGUACCGCCUGUACAACCUGGACGUGUUUGAGUACCUGCACGACUCCCCCUUUGGCCUCUACGGCGCCAUUCCGCUCAUGCUGGCACACCGCCCGGAGCAGACUGUGGGCGUGUUCUGGCUGAAUGCUGCGGAGAUGUACGUUGAUGUGAGCCAGGACGAGGGCGGCGCGUCCACGCAGUGGCUGGCCGAGAGCGGCGUGGUGGAUGUGUUUGUGUUUGUGGGGCCGCGCCCCGCUGACGUGGCGCGCCAGAUGGCGGCGCUCACCGGCGGCUCCGCCCUGCCCCAGAUGUUUGCGCUGGGCUACCACCAGUGCCGCUGGAACUACAAGGACGAGCAGGACGUGGCGGCCGUGGACGGCGGCUUUGACGCCCACAACAUCCCCUACGACGUGCUCUGGUGCUGGCCGGGAUCCUCCUCCUACCUGGACAUGGUGAACGGCGAGGUGCGGGACUGGUGGUCCCACCAGUUCUCCACCAGCGUGUACAGCGGCAGUACCAAGCACCUGUACAUCUGGAACGACAUGAACGAGCCCAGCGUGUUCAACGGGCCAGAGAUCACCAUGCACAAGGACAACCUGCACCUCAACGGUACCGCGGAGCACCGCGACGUGCACAACGUGUACGGCUACUUCUACCACAUGGCCACCGCAGACGGGCUGAGGAAGCGCGGGUUUGAGGAGUGGGGCCCCGACGGCGACCGCCCCUUUGUGCUGUCCCGCGCUUUCUUCGCCGGCACGCAGCGCAUCGGCGCCAUCUGGACGGGAGACAACGAGGCCACCUGGGAGCACCUCAAGGUGUCUGUGCCCAUGCUGCUGGCCAUCAACAUCGCGGGCCUGCCCUUCUCAG